GAUUUUGUUAUAGUGUUAUUGGGGUCCCAUUUUUUUUUUUCUUUUUUUGUUUUUUUCCUUCCUCACCCUAAUUUUUUCCUUCAAAGUUGUAUAUUUUCUUGAGAAAUUUUUUGAAAAUCUUAGUGAGGUAAUUAGAGACCAAGUUGGUUCUACCCUCACCUUUUUUUUUUUUUUUUUGGUGUGUAUGUGUCACACACGGACAAGUUGCUUUGAAUUCACUGCUUUAGUUUUGUCCUGUUUGAGAUAAGUUAUCAAUUUUAUUUUGGGUUUUCUUCAUUUAUGGCGUGGAGGACUCUGGGACUGGGAUCGCUUUUUUCUUAUUUUAAUUUCCGUAAUUUGUUUCAGCAAAGAGGAACGAAUGAAAUUGAUCUUGGAGCACAUACUAUAAGAUCUCAUGGAGCUGCACUUGCGAAGAAUCACAUGCAUGACUGGCUUAUAUUGCUGCUUCUUGUGGUAAUAGAGGCAAUUCUACUUGCAAUUCAUCCUUUUCGCCGUUUUGUUGGAAAAGAAAUGAUGGUAGACCUCAGAUAUCCCAUGAAAGACAACACAGUGCCUGUUUGGGCUGUUCCUAUGUAUGCAGUUCUGUUGCCUAUUUUCAUCUUCAUUCUAGUUUAUAUUCGAAAAAGAGAUGUGUUUGAUCUGCACCACAGCAUUCUAGGGCUGUUAUUUGCUGUUCUGAUAACUGCAGUUCUUACCGAUGCAAUAAAAGAUGCAGUUGGUCGGCCUCGACCAGACUUCUUUUGGCGGUGUUUUCCUGAUGGAAUUGAUAAAUAUGAUAAGUUGGGAAAUGUAAUAUGUCAUGGUAAAGCUAGUGAUAUAAAGGAAGGCCAUAAGAGCUUUCCAAGCGGUCAUACUUCAUGGUCGUUUGCAGGUUUGGGCUUUCUCUCCUUGUACUUGUCUGGAAAAAUUCAAGCAUUUGAUCGGAAAGGGCAUGUGGCAAAGUUAUGCCUUGUAUUCUUACCUCUACUUGUUGCCUCUCUCGUUGGCGUCUCUAGAGUCGAUGAUUACUGGCACCAUUGGCAAGAUGUGUUCGCUGGAGCGAUUUUAGGGCUUGUAAUCUCGAGUUUCUGCUAUAGCCAGUUCUUCCCACCACCUUAUAGCAAUGACGGAUGGCGUCCCUAUGCAUAUUUCGAAGCAAUGCAGGAGACGAAUUCGAAUACAAAUGCAGCAGGCAAUGUGCAGACAAUGAGGUUGCAGAGUAUGGAUCCACAAUCAAGAUGUGUUAAUGGUGAAGUAGAUGCUUUACCAUUUUCUGUACAGCAAACUACAGGUGCAACAUUGGAUGAAAUGGAAACGGGAAGAAGGUGAAACAAUCAUGCUUUGUAAUACCUACAUCUUUCCUGUUUUGGUGCAUGUUUUUGUGAAUGGCUUGUGGUCUUCUUCUUUUUUUUUUUUUUUUUUUUUUGUUCUUUUGGUAGAAAGUGAAUGGCUUGUGUUGUAUAUAUACUUGCCGAAAGCAAUUCUAUUAACUAGUUUUAGGCUUUUUCCACUGCUUAAAUCAAUUAAUGUAGUACCGCUGUUUGAUAAAUGAUAAUUAAUUUUGAAUGCAA